AAAAUCUGUAGUGUGAAUGGGCCUUUAUUCCUACCAAUCUACAAAGAAAUAAUGCUUGGUCAUUACAUUACGAAGCAAACUAGGCCGCGUCCUACAAAAGGGUUACUAGUGGGAGUUGCUGUAUAUGUUACUAUAUAUUCUUAUGGCUGUAACUUGUCUGCAUGCUGACAGAUUAUUGCGCUUUAUCUAUUAAUGCUCAAAAUGAUCCCGAAAAGGUCGAGACGCGUGAAGAUACGUAUGUAUCCUGUACAGUACUGGCGCCCAUCGUCCAGCAGGUGGCGUUGCACAAGAGCAUGAACUGUCUGCUAUGAUGUGGAAGAGAAUUGUGCGGCGGUACGGAGAGAGACGCUCUAUCCUCGUCACCGGGACGCCUCUUGUUACUGCCGUUUCUAUGGACACGUCAGCGGCCUACUCCCGUUUACAAGGCCUGCUUUCGAGUAAAACUAGCGGGUGACCGAUAAGAGGGACCCUGCGGGCGGGUAUACCUGGGGAGCGGGGUCCCUGAAAAACCUUCGGUUGUAUAAAGUGAUGCUGUCUCCUGCUGGAAAUGCUCCAAUGAUGGGACACAAUGCUGGAAGCCUCUCUCCCUUGCAAGUCUCCUUCUCUUUGCAUCAGUUCUUAUUUUUCAAUGGGGAUCUGCAUCCAGAUAAUUCAGAGCACAUCUCUGUAAAUUGUAUCCAGUACAUGUAUUGAACCUUGGGCGUUCAUGAAAUGUAACUGAUGUGCAAACUUGCUUGUGACAUUUUUGGGAAACUUUUUGGUUCUGAAACAACUCCGCAGAGAUGACUCCACAGGUAUCUGCUAAAACAAUGGCAAGCAACAGUCAGUUAUGUAUUCGUCGUUGGACUACAAAACAUGUGGCCAAAUGGCUAAGAGAAGAAGGAUUUUGUGAUUAUGUAGAUAUUUUGUGCAACAAACAUCGUCUGGAUGGCACAGCACUGUUAGCAUUAACGGAAUAUGAUUUACGCUCUCCACCACUGGAAAUUAAAGUGCUAGGGGAUAUAAAACGUCUUAUGCUUUCUAUCCGUAAGCUCCAAAAACAGCAUGCCAGUGUCCUGGAAGAGUUAGGGUUAAGCAACGAGCCAGCCUCAGGAGCACUCAGCAUAAGUUCACCACCAAGUCCUGACUGGUUAUGUAAUGGUGAUCUUACAAGAGACCUUGAUGGACAUGGAACAGAUUCUAGUGUAGAACCACACCAGUACUCCAAUGGAAAAAACAAACAUCCACCAAAGAGACUGGACCCAGAGUACUGGAAAACAGCCAUCAGCUGUAUUUAUGUUUUCAUAGUUUUUGGCUUUACUUCCUUUGUCAUGGUUAUUGUACACGAACGCGUUCCUGACAUGCAAACAUACCCACCUCUGCCAGACAUCUUCCUAGACAGUGUUCCUCGAAUUCCUUGGGCCUUUGCGAUGACUGAGAUGUGUGGAGUGGUUCUUUGUUAUAUCUGGCUUCUUGUAUUACUUCUCCACAAACACAGGUCCAUCCUUUUACGUAGGCUCUGUAGCUUGAUGGGAACUGUGUUUCUUUUGAGAUGUGUCACCAUGUUUGUCACAUCGUUGUCUGUUCCAGGUGAACAUUUGCAGUGUUCAGGAAAGCUGUACGACAAUAUGUGGGCCAAGCUUCAGCGUGCCUUCGCCAUCUGGAGUGGAUUUGGAAUGACAUUAACUGGAGUACACACUUGUGGAGACUACAUGUUCAGUGGUCAUACUGUAGUCCUCACCAUGCUAAACUUUUUUGUCACUGAAUACACUCCACGAAGCUGGAACUUCCUACAUACCCUUUCCUGGGUGCUCAACCUGUUUGGCAUUUUCUUCAUUUUGGCUGCUCAUGAACAUUAUUCCAUUGAUGUCUUCAUUGCAUUUUACAUCACUACAAGACUCUUCCUUUAUUACCACACUUUGGCCAAUACACGUGCCUACCAACAGAGCCGCCGAGCCCGAAUCUGGUUUCCAAUGUUCUCUUUCUUUGAAUGCAAUGUUAAAGGACCCGUUCCUAAUGAGUACUGCUGGCCUUUCUCUAGGCCUAUGAUUCUAAGAAACGUAUUCAGUUAAUUUAUUUUGCUCAAGCCGAAAACUACCAGGGACUGAAGCAGAAAAAACAUUAUGCUCAUUGGCAAUGACAUUUUAAUUUGAAACUGCAGCAUUUAUAUUUUGUUGUUGCCUUAUCUGGUAGACUAUGUGUUUUGAGUUCUUGGAAGCAUGAAGCACCCAUAUUGGCUGCAGAACUUCACCCCAUGAUAGGUGAAUAUAUUUAAUUUACUAAGUAUGAAAGGAUUGCAGAUGUACAUAUAUAUGCAUUUGACCUUAAACAGCAUUCAGAUAACUUCCUAGUACAAAUAAACCAAUAUAAAACGUAUUAGGUACAUAUGACAUUGACAUUAUUAAAGUAAAAAAAAAAAAAAAAAUAACAUGCAUGUUACCCAGAAACUUGGUAUCGGGUAUUAAAAAGGAAUCAUAUUCUUCUUCUGACAUUGUUAGGUAUAUAAAAAAAAAUGCUAUAAGAAAUGCAUCCAAGAAAAGCCCAAAGGUUGUUCAGAAUAAUAGAUAACAUCAGAAAUUUUUAUUUUUUUUUUAUUUAUUUUUUUCUAAUCAAUAUUGUUUAAAAAAAAUAAAAUAAGAAAAAACUAUUGUAGGUAGAAAAAGGGGUUGUGAUUGGCUUGGUAGUUCCAUUCUUGUCGAUGAGGCUGGGUGCUGAUAAACCUACUUUGUUGUUUUUUUAAUUAAUACCACUUGGGCUGAAAAUAAACUUUAAAUAUGGAACACUACUAUGGGCAGAUUGCUUGGCCUACAGUGGUUAAAGAUUUUGAUUUAAUGUUUUUAUAACAUGGCUGCUAUGUUAACUCCAGUUACUCUUGGGUUUUAUUUAUUCAGUGGAUUUUAGUUGCAGAAUGAGUGUUUUAUUUCCAUGAUAUGGGCUAGUCCAUUCCUUUUUCUAGUUCCCUCUCUAUGGCCACUUUCACAUGACGGUAGUUCUCUCAUUAUUUUUCAUCAGCAAAUAAACACUGAGAAAAAGUGUUGGAAACUAUUGACUGAUAUACUGCAACAUGAAAUUGGCAAUACUCUAUUUCUUUAACAUUCAAUGUACAGUGGUCCCUCAAGUUACAAUAUUAAUUGGUUCCAGGAUGACCAUUGUAUGUUGAAACCAUUGUAUGUUGAGACCAUAACUCUAUGGAAACCUGGUAAUUGGUUCUGAAGCCCCAAAAUGUCAUCCAAAAAUAGGAAAAGGUGAGGAUUAAAGAAAAAUAAGUAGAUAACUAAUAUAGAUAAAACAAUCCUUACAUAUAAAAGUAAGAAAGAGCUGCUGGGAGCUGUAAUCACUGUUUAUGUCAGUGUUUCCCAACCAGGGUGCCUCCAGCUGUUGCAAAACUACAACUCCCAGCAUGCCCGGACAGCCGUUGGCUGUCCGGGCAUGCUGGGAUUUGUAGUUUUUCAACAGCUGGAGGCUCCCUGGUUGGGAAACAAUGGUUUAUGUAGAGGACAGGAGCUUCUUCAGGGUCCUAUACAGUACACACAGUGUCCCAAAUGGAGUCUACCUCACCUGGUGUCCAAAGGAGCAGCUAACCCUGGCACAGGUAAGGAGUAGUACAGAACUUGUAGUUCCUCCCUGUACUGUAGGGGGGCGCUACCAGACAGCCAGUCAGUGCAUGCACUUCAGUAAUACAGAUGUUUUACCAGUAAAAUGCCCAUUCUGAUUGGUCAGUUUUACACACCCCAAACACACACUGGGGAAAAAUCCACAGUAAUUGGAGGGCACGUUCGGGUAACAGGCCCUACCUGUUGGAAAUUUUUGUGACUGAUGUUUGCUAUGCAAUGAGUGAAUGAAGCCUGGGGAGAAAUCCGCAUGUAACACAUGCCAAUUUGAAUACAGAUUUCAGCCCAUCUUCUCAGCUGACUAUAAAUGCAUGUGUAGGCCGAUAGUUUUCAUUUUUGCAAAUUCCAAGUUAAUUAGAAAUCACAUGGGCUUGUCAUUUGCCCUGUUAAUGCCAUAAAACUGUGUCUUGCAGCUAAAAUAAAGUUACUGUGUAGUAAGUGACAUACAUAGUAAAGUUUGGGCAACUGUUGUUUGUAUUGUAGUUUAUAAAAACAUAUAUACUCUUAAUACUGGCGGAUCUUGGCAUAGCCCAUUUUUAUUUUUAUUUUAGUUACAGUGAAUCCACGUUAAACUGCCAUAUCUUACAAAUGCAUCACGCUCUUAAAUACUGAUGUGCAGAAAGUGCAAGUAAAGCAUAAACUAUGUUAUUAAACUUGAUAACAACAUUGUUAAAGAAAAUGUUUUCUAAAAAAGGUGAUCUUCUACGUUCAGUACACAAACUUGUGUAUGGUAUCUUAUGUACCUUCUUACCUACCCAAAGUGGGCCUCUUUAUUUGAUGGUUAGUAGAAAUGGUUUAAGUUAUUUACAAUUUAACUGCGUUUCCAGUGCAUUCAGAAAGCACCCCCAUCAAUCUGCACUCAGGACCCCAUAAUGACAAAGUGAAAACAACAUUUUAGAAAUGUUUGCAAAUUUAUUAAAAAGGAGAAACAUUUCCAUUUUUUAAUUAGCAAAAAAAAAAAAAAAAAACUGUUUUCACUUUGUCUUUAUGGGGUAUUAAGUGCAGAAUCAUGGGGGGGAAAACCUAAUUUUUUUUUCCAUUUUAGCACAGGGCCUUAAAAUGUGAAAAAGGCGAAAGCGUCUUAAAACAUUGUGAAUACAUUGUACCUAUUUGACUGACAGUAUUUGGUUUAAAUUUACAUUCAUUUCACACUGUGUUACUACUGAUUGCAACACAGGACUGUAUUCCAUUACUUAACAAUGAAAAUGGGAUGUGUGUAUUGUUUACAUUUCUGUGGAAAAGUUAUUAAACCUUAGAGUGACUUCAUCAA